AUGUCCAAAGAUGAGGGAAUCGCUCUCCGUCGAGGCGAAUUCCUGACGCGACCGGAGGCUCGCACAAUUGUGGCCGAAUUCAAGGUCAAGACCGUUCUCCUAGGCCAGUUUCAGGCAGUCGAUCCAACGGCUUUAGGCGUGGAGGAAGAGGAUGACAAAGGAGCGGAGAUAAUGAUCUCCUAG